AUGUGGGGAACUCUUCUGCUUCUCCACGUGCUUCUGCGGACACACGAGCUCACCGGUGUGGGCAGCCACACGGACGCUGACGGACCCACCCACGCCUUACCGUGUCCAGCUCUGCUCUGUGCCUCGCGCACACCCUUCCCAGGCGGGUCGCCUUUGAGCCGGAAGGGACGAGUCCGGGGACUGACCCAGGGCUACCCCGCUAAAAUGUCAGCAUUUAUGAGCGCCUUCAAGCUGGUGAGGCAUUUUACAUCGGUUUUCUCAUUUGUUCCUCGCAACGACCUUGUGAGGGUCACUGGGGCGCAGCCGGGAAAGGUGCAGGCGCGGGCGCUGACACACCCCUCGGACCUGCGCUCCCACUCCGGGUCACCACACGACCCUGACAGCAUGGGCACCCCAGGGCUUCGGCUCCUGCUGCUGCUGCUGCUGUUCCCCGGGCCCUCGCCAGCCUGGGCGCAGGGGGACCACGAGGACGAAGGAGACUACGAUCUCCCGGCGCUCGCCUUCUCCUCGAAGGAGGACAAUCAAACCGACCCGAUUCGGAAGCAGGCGCCGGCCGCCGCGGCUUUCUACCGCAGCAACAAGGUGGGCGCAGGGCCGAGACUGGAGCCUGGCAGGAGACCCCCAAGCCCCGACAGCCAGCCCGGGAGCAGCGAGCUGCCCGCGCUGAAGCUUAGAACGGCCCAUGCUGGAACUCGGAACAGCGUGGGCCAGCGAGGAUCGUGGGACUACCUGACGCCUUGCAACCCCCCAAAUUUUGUAAUUCCAGGAAGAAACGGGGUGGUGGUGGUGGCGGGGGAGAUCAAGCACACCUGGAGGCAUCCUGGCAAUUACCUGGUGAUUCUGAAAGAGGAAACGCACAAAUCUCAGAUGGAGCGCACCAUCCGCCGCCUCCAGGCUCGGGCUGCCAAGCAUGGCUACCUCACCAAGAUCCUCCACGUUUUCCAUGACCUCUUUCCUGGCUUCCUGGUGAAGAUGAGCAGCAACAUGCUGGAUAUGGCAUUGAAGUUACCGCAUGUUGACUACAUCGAAGAAGAUGCCUUUGUCUUCGCACAGAGCAUUCCCUGGAACUUGGACAGGAUUGUCCUGGCACCCUCCAGAUCAGAGGAAUACAGUCCACCCAACGAAGGCGACCAGGUGGAAGUGUACCUGCUGGACACCAGCCUCCAGAGCGGCCAUCGGGAGAUUGAGGGGAAGGUCGCCGUCACUGGCUUUGAGAGUGUCCCAGACGAGGACGGCACUCGCUUCCACAGACAGGCCAGUAAAUGUGACAGUCAUGGAACCCACCUGGCUGGCGUGGUGAGCGGCAGGGACGCUGGGGUGGCCAAGGGAGCCGGGGUCCGCAGCCUGCGGGUGCUGAACUGCCAAGGCAAGGGGACCGUGAGUGGCGCAGCCAUGGGCCUGGAGUUCGUCCGAAAGACGCAGCUGCUCCAGCCCUACAGUCCCCGGAUCGUCCUGCUGCCCUUCGCGGGGGGGCACAGUCGCGCCCUGAACGCCGCCUGCCGGCUCCUGGCGCGCUCGGGCGCGGCGGUGAUCGCGGCCGCCGGGAACUACAAAGACGACGCCUGCGCAUACUCGCCAGCUUCGGAACCCGAGGUCAUCACGGUGGGGGCCACCAACGCGCACGACCAGCCGGUGGCCAUGGGAGCCCUGGGCACCAACUUCGGCCGCUGCGUGGACCUCUUCGCCCCGGGGGAGGACAUCAUAGGCGCCUCCAGCGACUGUAGCACCUGCUUCACCUCUCAGAGUGGAACGUCCCAGGCAGCUGCCCACGUCGCGGGCAUCGCUUCCAUGCUCCUCAAUGCCGAGCCCAGCCUGACCGUCUCUGAACUGAGGCAGAGACUGAUCCAUUUCUCUGUCAAGAAUGUGAUCAAUGAGGCCAAGUUUCCUGAAGACCAGAAGCUGCUGACCCCCAACCUGGUGGCUGGGCUGCCGUCCAGGCUUGGAGCAGGUGAGAUUCCAGACCCUUCCAGAGGGCUCCUCCACUUCCUUCAGACCCUCCUUCUCUCCAUCCUUGGGCCUCUUGGGCCCUUCAGCACACCCCUGGUGACUGUGGCCUGUGAAGAAGGCUGGACCCUGACUGGGUGCAGCGCCUACUCCCCUGGCCCACACACCCUGGGCGCCUACCCAGUAGACAACACCUGUCUGGUUCAGAGCCAUGUUGGCAGCAGAGUAGGAAGGAGAGAAGGAGGAGGCCGGCCAACAGCCGCCAUCGUCAUCUGCUGCAAGAACAGACCUUUGCUGAGGGACCAGCAGAAUUCCCAGUGACACCUUUUGGCAGAGAAAAGAGGAAAGGAAGGAGCUUCUGCAUUCUGUGAAUUGGCCUCAGCCCGAGGAUGUCCCUGAGAUCCUUGGGGCUUCCCUCUUUUCGAAAUCUGGA